AGCCACUAACAGGCUGCAUGCACCAGAAGUACUAAAGUAGUACGGACUACAUACAUAUAUAAGCACCAGCGUAAUCCCCCGUACGAAAAAUAAAUAAGGAAUCAUAAAGCUCCAUACUAUAAUCUUCACUGGAAAAGGACAAGGGAACAAUAUAACUCCGAACCCAACUCUACUACUACUUACUAUCACCACGAAAGAUAGUAUAAAUACCAUGAACUGGCUUAAGCGGCUCCUCCCCAUCACGGACCCCCAGCUCCGCCGGCAGAAAAAGGCCCAGCGACGCCGCGGUCGGCAGGCUCGGGCUCGGGAGCGUGAACUGCGCCGCCAACGGGGCGAGUCAAUUCGAAACGCUAAGUUCUUUACCCGUGGGGGGCCCGUCACCGUCGUCUGGUGAUUUGGACCACGGAAGAAGAAGUGUCUGAUAUUCAUUCCACCAUACGGAGUACACGCACACACAUUCCAAUACAUCGUCAAUCACCAAACCGAAACGACACUUCCUCCUUAUCGCUAUCAAUCUCCAAUUAAAUCACCCAACGGAACCAAACCUCAUAUAUCCAUACAUAGAACCACCACCAAACCUCCCCCCUAUAAAAGCCCACACCACCAGAGCAAACGAAAAGAAAAGAAAAGAAUAUAUAUAUAUAUAUAAAAAAAAAAGGAAAUGCUCCUCCCACGCCGCAAACUUAAACGCCUACUAUUAACAAUGCUCCUGCCCUUCCUCCUAACCCUAACGCUCCUAACCCCCUUCUACCUAAUCUACAAACCGCCGUCGCUACUAAUCCGCUACUUCCAACACCGCUGGCCCGACACUCUCUGGCACGUACCCCUUCCCAGCAACCGAAAACUCAUCGCCCUAACAAUCGACGACGCGCCGUCGGUCCACACCCCCGAACUCCGCUCUGUACUCGCCGACAACGCCGCUAGGGCGACUUUCUUCCUCAUUGGAUCGCAGAUCCCCGGUCGCGAGGCCGAAUUGCAUGAGCUUGUGCGGCAGGGGCAUGAGUUGGGGAAUCAUGCGAUGCGGGAUGAGCCGAGUCGGAGUCUCAGUGAUGACGAGCUUCGGGACCAGGUGCGGGUUGUGCAGGAUCGCAUUCGCGCGGCGUAUUCGGCGGUUGGGGGGCGGGAGCCCCGCGAGAGGUGGUUUCGACCUGGGAGUGGGUUCUUCAGUGAGCGUAUGCGGGGGCUGUUGGGGCAGUUGGGGUUCAAGAUUGUGUUGGGGAGUGUGUAUCCGCAUGAUGCGCAGGUGAGGUGGUGGUGGGUGAAUGCGAGGCAUAUCUUGAGUAUGGUUCGGCCUGGGAGUAUUGUGAUUUGUCAUGAUCGGCGGGAGUGGACGGUGCCUAUGUUGAAGGUUGUUUUGCCGGAGCUGAAAAGGAGGGGGUAUGAGAUUGUCACGGUCUCUGAAUUGGUUAGGGCUGGGGUCGAGGCUGGGACAUUUUCUGGGACGUGAUGAUUCUACAUGCUCAGUGUUUUGUUUGGGUAUGGUAUAUAUUUUCUUUUCUUUUUGUUGUACAUAUCUUUGCUAGAUUACACCUGGGUGUUUUGGGAAGAAUACACUUUUGGCAAAUGGAGAAAAAAAAAAAAAACAAACAAUUGAAUAGACAGGCUGGUUGAACA